UUUUUUUCACUUAUGGAUUUCCGCAUCACCGCACACGGAGCUGAUCCAACGGUAAAGAUGAGAUCAAGAAAUCUACUGGCCAGUUAGAAUCUUACACGUCGUGAAGAUGGAGGAAUAUACGUAUGGAGGAAUACAGCGGCUUAAAACUUGCAACUUCUGCAAAUAAGGAAAGGAAAGGGAAAGGGAAAGGGAAAGGGAAAGGGGAAGGGAAGGGAAAGGAAGAAGAAGGAAUCGCUUCUACGUAUCUUUUCUCUUUCUCGAUUCUCUGUUUAAUCUUAUUGACAGAGGAGAGGGGAAGAGGGAGUGAAGAUUGCGAUUUCGCUUCCUCUUUUUCCUUUUUGUGUUUUUGUUUUUGAUUGGUCGAUUGAUUGAUUCAUCGUUCUUCUCCAACGGGCAACGACCUUGUUGUGUUAUUCGUGCUGUGGUUUGAGAUGUCGGUUGCACGGAGUUUUGAUCUGUGGCAGAAAGAUGCUUUCUUUUCCGCCGCUGAGGAGGUGCAAGAAUCGGCUGACAUAUUGGAAUCCACAUACAGGGCAUGGUUAAGAGAGAAAAGAGCAAAGUCAAUGGUAGAAAAUUUGGAUGAAUUCACCAGGGAGUUGCGAACUGCACUGGGAACGGCCAAAUGGCAGUUGGAAGAGUUUGAGAAGGCUGUAAGGUUGAGCCAUAGAAAACAUGGGGAUGCUACUAAGCUGGAUAGACAUAGACAAUUUAUUGAUGCCAUCGAAAACCAGAUAUUCUGUGUUGAGGCAUCAUUACGUGAAUAUUUUAUUGAGGAAGGGAAGCAACCUCUUAAAUGGGUAAACCUUAAUGAGGAAGAACGUGAUGAUUUAGCUGCAUUUCUCACUGGGACAACACCUACUAUACGAGGUCCAAAAGAUGAACACCUGGAACCUGUACCUUCUUAUGAAGAAUCUAUUCAUGAGACCUGUAAUAGAAGACGAGAAGCAAGCAGUAACCAGAGCAGCUUAGAUAUUAGCGAUAAGGUUGAAGAAAUUCAAGAUGCACAGUUUGUCAUGAAACUUCAAGAUAAUGAAAUUUCACGUUCAAGGGAUGAUGUUGUAUGCCAUACAGAGAGGACAACCAAUGGUAGAAGAGUGUGGAGUUCACCUAACUUUGAUACUUUGACAAUUGUUAUUCCUGAUGAAGAUGAACGGAGAAACCCAAUGCCAACGGUGGAGCCCACACCUAAAGAAAAAGGAUCCAGAACAAACCUCUGGAGGCAAACUGGACGGGAGUUUCUUCCAGCAAAAAUUGCUGGUCAUGUAUGCAGUCAGCUCUUUGCUAGGUUUCUGGUUCGCAGACAAUUCCAGAGUUCAAGGAAUCUGCAGCGUGGUUGCUCAGUUCAACUUACACUUGCUCUGAUGUUAACAAUUUUCUUAUUGGUGCCCUUUGUACUUUAUUCAACUUGACAGUUCUGUAUGAGACAUCUACAAUAUAGCAGUGGUUACAACAACAGAUUUAGAUCACAAAGCUCUGGAGAAAUGAAGGUGUUGUUUCCAGAGGAUUGAAGCAGGCCAAUUUUAUUUUUGUUGCUAUAAAAAUUGUGGAAGAGGCAGCAAGAAUUAGGAUUUAGGGUUUGUGUCACGAAUAUCAAUAUGUAUUAUAGCCAGGAAUUGUGGUUUUUGUGUAUUGGGUCUGUCGUUUCUCACUUACUCUAUUGGGAUUAUUGGAAGAAUCAAAGAUUGAUGAUCGACAUAUCAAAAUCAUCUCAUUAAAUAUAAUUUGUUUUACAUGUAUAAAAACUUCUAUAGAAAUAAUUUCAUGGAAUCAAAUUUGAAAUUAUUUCUCUA